GGUUAGCCGCGUGUGCUCAAUUUCCUUCUGUUACAUUUUUUCUCAUUUUUUUGUAAUCCAUUCAAUUUCAUCGUUUUCCUCACGAAAUUUUUUCGCUUUUUCCGUUUUCCUACACUUUUUUAACCGCUCUCUCGUCACUUUUCAACCUGGUCAAGAGCGGGAGUGCGCGGAAAAUUUGAACUUGGCUGCGGAAAAGUGGUGAAAAUCACACUGAAGAGUUGUGUUGGAAACAGACAAUAAGAGAAGAUAGAAAAAAACGUCUUCAGAUGGAAAAGUGAGUGGGAAAAGGUCAUUCCUUCGCGCAUUUUGUGAAGUGUGUUGAUUACAAGAAUAUCUGCGCGCAAUUUAUCGUCUCGUUUUACAGUUGAUAAAAGAGAAAGAAAAAGGACAUAUUGUUUGAGGUUUAUAUAUGCAAAAAGGAUAUUCAUUUGAGUUUCUGUGUGUAAAAUCCGUUCGGCUGCAACAACAUCAAAUUAUCUGCAAAUGAACUCCUCGCGUCACGCAGUUCGAUCCUAGAUAGACUUUGCGAUCGAGAGGAUCAACAGUGGUUCUUCGCCAAUUGUCUGGACACACUGAAGACACACUUGGUGAUCGCGGUGGGGGGCUUCUGAUGCAAUGAUCAUAUCCAAGGAUCUGUUUCUCCUCGGUGAACAGGACUAUCUACGACUGCCGAAAGACGAGAAGCGUGCUGGCAACAGAAAGAGUGAUCCUGCGCCGCCUUCAGCUGGCAUGGGGAAGACGCCUCCUGAUGAGUCACGAGUUGAACACACCGCACUCACCUUUCCCUGCAUGCUGGAACCAUCGAGGCCACUGCAAUUAGUCUUCCAGGACAUUUGCGUGUCCGUCCAGAAGAGGCCCAUUCUCAAAGAUGUCAGUGGCAUUGUUCGGCCUGGCCAGGUGCUGGCCGUGAUGGGACCCUCGGGAUGCGGCAAGACCACACUGCUGGAUUGUCUGAGUGGGCAGCGAUCCAUCGACUCGGGCACGAUCCGGCUGAAUCGGGAGCGACUGUCGAAGAAGUGGCGACGGCGGAUAUGCUACGUCCUGCAGCAGGACAUCUUCUUCGCCGGCUUGACCCUGCGCGAGACGCUCGAGUACACGGCAAUGCUGCGACUGCCGGACAAGCUGCCGCGGACGGAGAAGAUGCGCUGCGUGGACCACAUCCUGGAAGUAUUAGAGCUGACCCCGUGCCAGCACACCAAGAUCGGUGACUACCUCAAUCGCGGCCUGUCCGGCGGCGAGAAGAAGCGUGCCAACAUUGCCUGUGAGCUGCUCACGAAUCCCUCCAUCAUGCUGCUGGACGAGCCCACGUCCGGCCUGGACUCCCACGCCGCCACGUCGCUCAUCUCAUCGCUGCAGAGGUACGCGGCGCAGGAGCACAAGACAGUGGUCAUCACGGUCCACCAGCCAUCAUCACAGAUGUUCCACAUGUUCGACCGGCUGCUGCUGCUCUGCCGCGGCCAGACGGCCUACUUCGGGGACGUGAACCGCGUCGUGGACUUCUUCCACGACAUCGGACUCACCAUGAAGAGUCACUACAAUCCUGCCGACUUCAUCCUUGAGCAAAUCAAGUCAUCGCCCGAGGUGCGAGACAAGAUCAUCCAGGCCGCCAGGGCGGCCAGAAAAUCCUCAUCCUACCCAUCUGAGCUCAAUCAGGACCACUUCACCAAGGAUGGCGUGGUGAUGGUGGACUUCCGGCAUCUGCACAGCCUGCUAAAGGAUGAGCGGAUUGUGGCAAACGGCGUGGCGCCGCUGGAAGAGACACAGUCCGAAGAGGGCAAGCAAUUGUGGAUGGAGACGCAAUCUCACUCCAGCUCGGCGUCCAGCGACAGCCAGGACGGCGACUUCUGGCUGGGCUAUCCCACAAGCUUCUACACGCAGUUCAAGGUGCUGUCGCAGAGGAACUUCAAGGAGGCGCGGCCCAGGAUGCUCUCCCGACUCAACUGGCUGCAAACCAUCGGCCUGGGUAUGAUGGCUGGCGCCCUGUGGUUCCAGUUACCCAAGACGGAGGAGUCCCUGCACGACAUCCAGGGCUGGAUGUUCUUCUCGCAAACCUACUGGAUGCUCUUCGCCCUGUUCGGCGCUCUCAGCUCAUUUCCUCCGGAGCGCGAAGUGAUCAGCAAGGAGCGUCGCUCGGGCGCCUAUCGCCUCUCGGCGUACUACAUAGCCAAAAUGGUCGGAGAAUUACCACUAGUUGUAACGUUACCAGCAGUUUACCAUUUAAUUAGUUAUCCAAUGCUCGGAUUCAGCAGUCCGAGCUUAUUUCUAACAAUGCUGGCCUUUCUGCUCCUCAACACAAUCGUGGCACAGAGUGUAGGCUUCUUCGUAGGCGCUUGCUGUAUGGACAUGAACCUCAGCAUCACCGUGAGUGCGCUCUACACCCUCGCCACGCAGCUGUUCGGAGGUUACCUUUCCACGAGAUUUCCCUCAUGGCUCGAGUGGGUGAGAUUCACAUCGAUGAUCCACUAUGCGUAUCAGAACAUGCAAAUCCUCGAAUUCAGCGAAGGACCGCCCAUUAGCUGUGGCGAGCAGAGCAAGUUCGCCAUCUGCACGACAGAGAGCCCAGACGGCAGCACCAGCAAGUACAUCCCCGUGGACGCCAUCUUGGACGCCCAGGGCUGCACGGCGCCGCUCUGGCUCAACACACUCGUCCUCGUGGGCUUCCUGAUCGUCUUCCGCCUGCUUGGCUACAUCGUGCUGCGCUAUGUGCGGUGUCCCAAGUGACGCUGACGCCCAAAAGAGCGCGCCAGUGGCGCCACAGAGAACGCAAAACAGGUAUUUUUACGCUAUUUUAUAAAUGUAAUUGAAAAAGUUGUUGAAUUUUUUUUUAUAUACACACUGAACGGAUAAUAAUUCAUGCGAAUUUGAUCAAUGAGAAAACAGCGCCAUAGAAAUGAGAAAUGAGAAAUAUAAUAUAUAUAUAUAUACUUUGUGAUUUUGUGAGAACGCGUGACGAAAGAAAUUGAGAAAAUGUAGGAAAAAUUUUCUAUUAAUGUUUAAGUUGAGAAAAUGUGAGGAAAAAAAAUUGUUCAUUCAAGUAUUUUAAUUGUAAUUUUCAACUAUUUUAUACACACACACACACACGCAUGGAAAGAAGUGAAAAAAAAACAACAUGAAAUUCUUAGCAUUUAAGAACUUCUCUCGAAAACGCCCCACAAUUUCCCAGAAUUUUUUUUUGUUUUUCAAUUAGAAUUUAAACUAUGAAGAAAAAAAGAUUGUAAUUUUGGGGAGAAAUUCAUGAAAAGAAGUCUGAGCAAAAUAAUCGUGAUAAAGGCAAAAAAAUGUUUUUUUUUUUUGAUAAAUAGAUGAGAAAACCCUUUCUUUUGUUAAGAGUUAGGAGGUAAAAAAAGAAGAAAAAAACAAGGACGAACCAAGUAGAAAAUAGUGUGGAAUAACGUUUAUAUUUACUAUGGUGGGACCUUAGAAGAAGAAAAAAAAACUGUGCCAAAUUAAUUGUAUAAAAGCGAGAGAGUAGAAAAAACGCUGGAGUUUUACUCCUUUUUGUAUUUUCUAAUUAGGAAAAAAAAAGAAAAACGAGAGAGAGAGAAUUGAUUAAUAAGAAUGGCGAGGUGAUUACCAUUUUAAUUACUUGUGGGAGGAAAAAUUGAAAGGAAAAAAAAGAUAUGAGAAAUAUUUAUCACAAAGUGUUACUGUUAAGGGAAGUUAUGAGGAAAAAAAGGAUACACAGAAGACGCAAAAAGAGUGUGUAAAAUGAUGAAUAACUAACCGAAUACUGCCUGAAGCUUUUUUUUAUACAAUAUACUGAAAAAAAGAACUAUUUUCUAGUUAUAAAUUAGAAUUUAUAUUACCGAUUAGUAGUGAAGAAAUGAAAAUAGACAAAUCAAUAUCCGAAUAUUUCAACUCUUAGCUCUUAAGGGAUAUUUUUUAUAUAAAUCAUAGUUUUUAGUGAAAAAGAAUUAUAAAAAAAACAACCGAUAAUCGCGUGAAUGCGGAAUGUGAGUGCGAGAUUUGCGUGAGUCUUGUUGAUUUUGUUAAUUUUUAUAUAAAAAAAAGAAGGAAAGAAAAGAGAGAGAAAACGUUUAAGAUCUACAUUUUUAGUAGUCAAAGAAAGCAAAUAAUUCUAUGCACACAGAUUUAUUCCUUGUCUCUUUUUUUCAUUUAUUAUCCUUAAUUUGUUCAUAAUCUAUAAGCAUUUAUUAAAGUGAGUUUCGAUUGAUGACGAUAUUAUGAAGAAAGAAACAAAAAGAAGUGAAAGAAGUGACGAAAGAUCGACUUUUACACUGUGUUUUUUUUUAUUAUUUUGAAAAGAAAGUGUUUUUAUUAUUUCAUUUGUAGAAGAGAGAAGAGAAGAAAAAUCUUUUGUAUGAUUUUACAUUCUAGGCACUAUUAUAUUGAAAUUUUUUCGCUAGGUUAAUCUCUCAACAUUUACUUUAUGCAGUUACUCAUUUUUAA